CUCAAUCUGUCGCCGUAUACUACUCGCCUCUGAUUGGUCAGUUCCCGGUCCAUGCCAAAUACAAUCGUUUGAAGAACGUCUAUCGAUCACAGUCAAGAUGAGUCUCAGAAAGCAGACCCCGAGCGACUUCCUGAAGCAGAUAAUUGGGAGACCUGUGGUGGUCAAACUGAACUCUGGUGUCGAUUACAGAGGUGUCCUGGCCUGCCUGGAUGGUUACAUGAACAUUGCCAUAGAGCAGACUGAGGAGUAUGUCAACGGACAGCUCAAGAACAAGUAUGGAGAUGCUUUUCUAAGAGGAAACAAUGUCCUUUACAUCAGCACUCAGAAGAGGAAAGUGUAGUGAAGACCAUCCUUUUUUUUUUUUUUUUUUUUAAAUUCUUACAUUUUAAUUUUCCAGUGUUUCAUGUGUCAGUGGACAGCAGUCCUGUGUUUUUGGUUCUGUAAAGCCUAACGUCCUGAGGAAUGUUUGUUUUUGUAAAAGUGGAAUAACUUAAUAAAUCCUGAGUUUUGAUUUAUGUCUGAUUUGGUGAAUAUUUUUACAUAUUUUGAUGUUAACAGUACAAGGAAACAAUACUUUUUUCCCCUGGUCUCAAUUGUUCUUUGUUUAAAGAAAGUAUGGUUUAAAAAUAACAGUAUCAUUUCAAUAGGCCUCAUUUUGGAAAAAAAAGGUUGUCAUUCCUGUGAGGAGUUGUGGUUUAUAUUGUUAUAUCUUGUGAGUUAAUUCUUGAAUAUAUCAGGCUUCCACAGUGCCAGUGGGAUUGUAGCAGUGGAAUAAAAGAUGGGUGUUUUUCAGCCAAAUCAUUCACUCAAAGUUUAUCCCUGGAGCAAGCGAGGAGCAAGCAAAUCUGCCACUGUUUUACCACAAGGCUUCAAAAGGAUUAGAACAUAAUUUUGUAAUUUGUCACUACUAAUGUGCUAAUUUUGUAAUUGAUCUUGAUACGACUUGCCUGCAGAAACCCAUUACUGAAUGGCCUGUGUACAAAUGUUCUCAUCAUCCUGCAUUUACUUUAUAUUACACAGUAAUUUAAUGAACAGCUGUUUUGUAUAAUUCAAAAUAAAACUGUGAAAGUUUGA